AUGUUUGACCAUGUUGGAUUGGCUGAGUACCUCAUUUCAAAGGGUGCAGACAUUAAUUCCAUUGACUGUAAGGGUCAUACGCCACUGCUUCUGGCAACAAGCUGUAGUGCAUGGAAAACAGUGGGCCUUCUUCUUACACAUGGGGCUAAUUUGAAAAUAAAAGACAAAUAUGACUGCAAUUUCCUUCACCUUGCCAUCUUGCAGCCUAAAGGUCUGAAAAACCUUCCUCCAGAAGUCUUACAGUGCAGCAAUGUGAGAGAGCUCCUGGGUGCGGAGGACAAUGAGGGUUGUACUCCCCUGCAUUACGCCUGCAGACUGGGAAUCCCAGAGUCAGUGACGGACAUGCUCGGACUCAACGUCUCACUAGAUCAGAAGUCUAAGCAGAAGAAAUCUGCACUGCAUUUCGCAGCCGAGUAUGGGAGGAUAAACACCUGCCACAGACUCCUGGAGUGGAUGACCUGCACCAGGCUGCUGAACGAGGGAGAUGAGAGUGGGAUGACUCCCCUCCACCUGGCAUCCCGAGGCGGCCAUAUUAAAGUGCUGGAGCUACUGCUGCGGAAAGGAGCUCUGUUCCACAGUGAUUCUAAAGGUUGGACCUGUCUACAUCACGCUGCAGCAGAGGGAUAUACCCAGACCAUGAUCAUACUCCUGCAAUCAAAUAUCAAACUGCUGGACAAAACAGAUGAAGACAUGAACACAGCGUUACAUCUGGCUGCCAGGGAGGGCCAUGCGGCUGCAGUGACACUGCUCCUGGGCAGAGGGGCCCAGAUGACGCUCAACAAGAGUGAUGCCUCCUUCCUCCACGAAGCUGUUCUCAACGGCAGGAAAGACGUUGCCUUCGCUGUCAUCCACAAUGAGAGAUGUGCUGAGGCUAUGCUAUUGUUCGAAGUGAAGUCAACUAAGGGAUGUGUUGUCAUGGACAUGAUAGAGUUCCUGCCUGAGUCAUUCAAACAUCUUUUGGACACUUGUGUGAAGGAGUCAGAUGAUGACGUAAAUAGUUACAACUACUCUAUCGAGUACACUUUCAAAUGGCUCCAAGCUCCCAUUCAUAUCAUUAAGCUUGCAAAAACAGACAAAAGCUACUACUUCCAGCCUCUCACUGCUCUAAACUGCAUGGUGCAAUUUAAUUGCAUAGAGCUUCUGACCCAUCCUGUCUGCAAGAAGUAUCUAGAAAUGAAAUGGAACGCCUAUGGUAUCAAAGUGCAUCUGCUCAAUCUGGCUGUCUACUCACUUGGUCUGGGGCCUCUGACACACAUUAUUCAUACUCUGAAGCCCAUCCUCAACACCAAUGUCACCCAUCCUACAUCACCAUCAUCAUCAGUAAGCAUGGUGACCACCUCCCUUGACAAGCAAUGCUAUCUUAUCACCACCUGCAUGUUCCUGAUUCUUGCCAUGAAUCUGUACACAGUUGGCAAGGAGCUGGUGCAGAUAGUUCAGCAGGGUUCAAAGUACUUCCGUGAUGUGACCAACGCAUUGGACUGGGGUGCUGCCGGCAGUUCUCUGUUGUUUGUGAUCCCUUUACUGAUGGACUUCAAGGAGACAUGGCAUUGGGAGGCUGGGGUAGUGGCAGUUCUUCUAUCCUGGAUCAACUUUCUCCUCUAUUUCCAACGGUUUGAACGUGUUGGGAUCUACGUGGUGAUGUUUUUAGAGAUUGCAAAAACUCUUUUAAGCAUCAUUGUACUGUUCUUCUUCUUGCUGCUUGCAUUUGCAUUGGCUUUCUAUGCCCUGAUACAAGACCAGAAACAUGGAUCAAGCAUGCUGCUAGCAAUCAUGCAAGUAUUUUUCAUGAUGGUUGGAGAACUCAACUACCAAGAAAAUAUCCUGAAGCCAUUUCUGAACGGGAUUCUGCCAUUCCCUUCUUUGACCUAUGCCAUUUUUGUUAUGUUCACCUUCGCUGUGCCCAUUCUCCUCAUGAACCUAAUGAUUGGCUUGGCUGUUGGUGACAUAGCAGAAGUACAGGCGAAUGCUGUGCUGAAGCAAAUGGGAAUGCAGAUUGAGCUUCACACUAGUCUAGAGGAGAAGAUGCCGUACUGGUUAAUGAAGAGGGUUGACCAGGCCUCUCUCACUGAGUACCCUAACAGAGCCUACAGCAGAAAGAGAGAAAUGUUCUAUGCAAUGCUGGGUAUGGGGCAUGAGAGAACCCGUCUCAGCCCCACUUCCCCUCCAUCUACACCUAUGGAACAGGAAAUCCGUAAACAGAAGUACAGGCUGAAGGAGAUGUCUAAUGUUAUCGAGAAGCAGCACAACCUGCUGAAGCUGAUCGUUCAGAAGAUGGAGAUCAGUUCGGAGGUGGAGGAGGAGCAUGAUGGUCCUCAGCUGUUCCAGGGCUACAGGGACAAGUCCCUCCCCUCCCAGAGCAAAUGGAACCCUCUGCUGAGGGCACUGGGAGCUAGGAAGUAACAUCCACCACAUAUAUUAUAAUGGACUGACAAGACAACCCCUGCACAUCACCCAUUCAAUAUUU